UGGGCGGGGAAAUCGGAAGAAGGGAGGCAAAAAAGAGGUCCAAGAAGGAGCGGGAGGCGGCGCUUCUUUGGAGGCUGCGGCGGCAGCAGCUGAGAGAAGGGGCCCCAAAACGGAGGGCCUGGCUGCUGCAGGAGGAGAAGGGCAAAGUGAUUCACAAGUGUGGCAUAAGAACCAGUCCUGUGCAACUUCCUGCCUUUUGUGUAUGGCAUAAACAAUUGACAGGACAUGCAAUUUCAAGGGAUUAUGAUUGUGAAUAACUGGUCUGUGACAGAGAAUCACGACAGGGUAUCUGUAGGACAGAGCUAAUGCCAUGAAGGAUGCUGUUCUUACUACUCUACAGUCUGAGACCUGUUGUCCGAAGCACCUUGUAGAGGUUUGCCAAAAUGCUUUCAGAUUCUUAAGUUACUGUGAACCAGAAGUCUUUAGACACAAAGCCAUCCUAAGGACAGAAGGAGUAGCGCAACGGAUUCGGUGCCAAUGCAGCAACAAAGAAGACAGCCAGAGUUAGUGGAAGGAAAUCUUCCCGUCUUUGUGUUUCCCACCGAACUUAUAUUUUAUGCUGAUGACCAGUCAACGCACAAACAGGUGUUGACUCUCUAUAAUCCCUAUGAAUUUGCCUUAAAGUUCAAAGUUCUUUGUACAACUCCAAAUAAAUAUGCUGUUGUGGAUGCGGCAGGUGCAGUGAAGCCUCAGUGCUGUGUUGAUAUAGUGAUCCGUCACCGGGAUGUCCGACCUUGCCACUAUGGCGUGAUGGACAAAUUUCGACUGCAGGUCUCUGAGCAAAGCCAGAGGAAAGCAUUGGGGAGGAAAGAAGUCAUUGCUACCCUGCUUCCUACGGCAAAGGAACAGCAGCAGAAGGAAGAGGAGGAAAAGAGGAUAAAGGAGCACCUGACAGAAAGUGUCUUUUUUGAACAGACGUUGUGUCCGCCAGAAAGCAGAAUUGCCUCAUCGGGGCCGAGUUUACUCACAGUCUUCCUGGGAAUAGUGUGCAUUGCUGCUCUCAUGCUUCCCACAUUGGGAGAAAUGGAUUCUCUGGUGCCUCUCUACCUCCAUUUAAGUGUAAAUCAAAAGUUAGUUGCUGCUUAUGUAUUAGGUCUGAUCACCAUGGUUAUCCUGCGAACAUGAGUGAUAAUUUAAUUGGAUGUCAAGAUUUUUCUUCUUUUUUUUUAAACUGUGUUAUAAAUUCACAUCAUGAAUGUGGACCACCUUUGACUCCCAUCUGGCUCAUUAACAUGCGACAGGAAAAAAAAGAUCCAGUGAUUUACAGUACCUUUUUAAAAAAAUAAAAAAAGCAAUGUUUUAACUAUGUUUAACUGAAAAGACUCAAGCGCUCUGAAGUGCUUCGGUUAAAGACAGCUACAAAUUAUUCAGUGAUGAUAUCUGUGAAAUGCAUCAGGAGAAACUUUUAUAUCUAUACCUACUGUACAAAAAUCGUAUUAAAAUAGUUUGUUGUUUUUAAAAAAGAAUUCACGUUCACAUCCGUGUUUGAUCACCAUCAGGGCCAGCAGUCCUGUCUACAAUGUUUAUUUGCCUACUCCAUGCCUGUAAGUAUUGCAGUUAGCGCUAAACAACUUUAGGUACAGAUAAAUGCCAGGCUGCCUGAAGCAAGCUGGCCAAACGUCACACAGAGCUGAGCAUCUGACAGUGGAAGCUUUAAAACUACAAUCAGGCAGUAUUGUUUACAUAGUGAACCAGUCCAUGUAUACAUCUUUUCCCAAUGUGGGAAAUAGGGCUUUUUACUAAGCUGUGGUAUGUUUCUGUCAAACAUAAUUGCCUCAACGCCUACGCAUUGAUGCUUGCGUUCAGCAAGGAUGCCCUCGGUACAGAAUCCACAUUGCUGUGGAAGAUGAGACUAACAUUCCCUUGGUUGGUACUGUCUACCUGAUUAUGUAUAAGCAACAAAGAAAGACCUCUAUCAACAUGGCAUGUAAUUUAAACAUGUGCUUGAAUUCCCUCUUUUGCAAGAAACUGACAUUGAGGAUUCAUUUCUACAGUUUGUAUUUUUUCUCUCUCUCCCUUGAGUUUCUCAUUGAUGAAAACUAGUCAUUGUCCUCUUCACACCUUCUGGUAUAUCUCCUUAGUCUAGCUCAAAAGAAGCAACCUCCUCCUGUCCUGAACUUGGUUACCACUGUCUUUUGGGUUCAUUCAUUUUCAUCCAGCAAUGUUAUUUUAAAGAUCUAAAGCACUUUGAACUAUGUAAGGAAUGUCUUGGAAAAUUAAACCUUUUCCCCCCUA